AUGAGAAAAAGUCAAAUAAAACAUAUCCCGUCGAUUGUGGCUCUCCGAGCCAAACUGGGUGUCGGGACACCAGGCAAUAAGGAAAGCAGAGCAUUUCGCAGAGUAGUCAAGGAGUUCCAUCAAGACUACAAGGCUGAGGACGGCACUCCAGGGACUGAAUAUGUAGACUGGCGGAAUUCGUCUCAUCGCCAAGCUCUCCAAAAAAUGACAGAUGAGUUCCUGGAGGCGCGCGGUUGGGGACAACUAUUUUGGCCGGACACUGCAGGCCCAGGGUCUGUCAAAAAGCUAAAAUGGUCAGAGAAUCGUUCUGAUAUUAAGAAACAUAUAUGCCGAUUAUUCUUUCGCCAUAACCAGCAAAUCCGAUGGAAGGGACCCAGCUCUGACCCAACAAAAAGAAUGUCAUCUCGAACAUUCAACCAAGGAUCGACUAGGACGACCAAGACAACCACGGCUCAGGUUCAAGGUGUUACUAUGAGAGAUGGGAUAGAAUCUCAACACCAAAGUGGCUCGGAUACGGACGCCGAUGUUUUUGCUACCCCAAAUCCGUAUGACGUUCCCUCAAGCCCCAUAAGCCCCAACGAUCAGGUUUCCCUGAUCAGCCACCGUACUAGCGCAACCUCCCAUGAGCCUCAACAAGAUUCCAACUCUGCAUUAGGCCUUGCAGACGAAAUUCGGGGUUCAAGCUCUGGACCAUUAGCCCCUGUCGCUCAGAUGAGUGAGCAUACUGUCGAACGCGGUUUCCCUUUUGGCACAUUAGACCGUGCAGAGCAGGAGGACUCACCUCGCCCGAAUUCUCCAUUUUUCGAUGAUGAAGAAGAAACAGAAUCCCGCCGAAGUCCAGAUCUUGGAAUUCCUCGGCCUCGAAAGACCUUCUCAUCAAGCAAUACCGAACCGUUUCGGCAGAACUCAAGACCAAGGUCGAGUUCUACUGAGACGGCUCGCAUGUCGACUGAAGACAGAUACCUAUCAGGAGAGGUUGGGGAACCCAUCAUGGCCAUGCCGCCGCCGCCUCCACCACGACCAUCACUCCAAGCUAGAAAUACCCAACGAAGAGUGAACAUAAAGUACGAAGUCGAAAGAUCCCCUGGGAACUUACGUAAAUGGGAUCAUCGCGGAUCUUUCACCCAUAUGUCGAUGGAAGAAUUCCUAGAUAUUCACGACUUUCACGACAUUGACUCGGUCCAGUUCAUACUGAAACGUCGUGGCAUGAGCUGGGAUGAUGUGGUGUCCAGAGGCAACGAAGAUGGCUUCAAGGACAUGAAAGCCAGGCUCAAGGAACGAAUCAAAGAAGACCUGGCAGAUAUUGGUUUGAGUCAAGAGGUUGUUCUUUAUAGCAUCGUCAUUAUCCCUGUUCGGAUGACUUUUGAAACUGACGACGACUUCAUUCGGUCGCAGACUAUUGCAUUGUGA